UUAAGCACUCUUAGUUAUGGCGGGAACCCAGAGCUGUGAAUUUGUUUUCUCCGGGAAGAAGACGACGGUGGCAGCUGCAGAUGGCUUUGAAGGGGAUGAUGUUUUCGUGGCCAAGAAACCUACGCUUCCAACAAUGGCGGUGGCACCAAAAGUAUGGGAAAAUGACCCCGCCGCCGCAUUAGCCAGCGUGCGCCAUGAAUUCGGCGAGCAUGGUGGCGUUAACAUGUCCAUUGAAGCGUCUGCCACCUUCACCGUCGUGGAACCUGAGACUAUACGCCGCAUGUUCACCGGUGAGCUCGGCCCCGAUCGUGAUUUCUACAUUUAUAGUCGUCACUUCAACCCCACCGUCUUGAAUCUCGGCCGUCAAUUGGCUGCCCUGGAAGGAACCGAAGCUGCCUACUGCACUGCUAGCGGUAUGUCCGCUAUAUCAUCCGUGCUGUUGCAACUCUGCAGCAGCGGUGGACACGUGGUGGCGUCGGCGACUCUCUAUGGCGGAACUCAUGCACUUUUAACCCAUUUCUUGCCCCGAACAUGUAACAUCACGACCACGUUCGUCGACAUAACCGAUCACGAAGCAGUGAAAAACGCCAUCGUUCAAGGGCGGACACAAGUGUUGUUCUUCGAGUCGAUCUCGAAUCCAACCCUCACCGUAGCCUACAUCCCGGAGCUAAGCAAGCUAGCACACGACAAAGGAAUAACGGUGGUCGUGGACAACACAUUCUCUCCCAUGGUUCUUUCCCCUGCUAAGCUCGGUGCCGACGUGGUCGUCCAUAGUAUCUCCAAGUUCAUCAGCGGAGGCGCUGAUGUAAUCGCGGGCGCCGUAUGUGGUCCUGCGAGUCUAGUGAACUCCAUGAUGGAUCUUCAUCAAGGUGCUUUGAUGCUUUUAGGCCCGACCAUGAACGCCAAGGUUGCAUUCGAACUCUCCGAGAGGAUUCCUCACUUAAGCCUACGAAUGAAAGAGCACAGCCGUAGAGCCAUGGAAUACGCUACAAGAAUGAAGAAACUGGGCAUCAAGGUCAUCUACCCUGGCCUCGAGGACCACCCUCAACACAACCUAUUGAAGACCAUGGCCAAUAAGGACUAUGGGUUCGGUGGUCUUCUCUGUGUGGACAUGGAAUCCGAAGAAAAAGCUAACAGGCUCAUGCAUCACUUGCAGAACAGCUCUCAGUUCGGGCUCAUAGCUGUUAGCUUGGGCUACUAUGAGACACUCAUGUCUUGCUCCGGUAGCAGCACCAGCAGCGAAUUGAAUGCCGACGAGAAGGCCCUCGCCGGUAUCUCACCGGGGCUGGUGAGGAUGUCGAUCGGAUAUACAGGCACGUUGGAGCAGAAGUGGAGCCAAUUCGAAAAGGCCAUCACUAGGAUGAGGGAAGCUGCAUCCACCAUGUCAAAAUAAAUUUGAAGUUGUUUCGUCG